GAUACUAAUAUAUUGAAUAUUUUGAAAUAAUUGAUUUGGCAAAACGUUCAAACUAAAAAACGGAAUCUUCUCCUAAUCAACGGCAUCGGAUUACCUAAAAACUUACUAGUUACAAAAGAAUAUUUUCAAGGUCCACGCUCCAACCAUCAUACUUUGUGACCCACUAAACACAUGCCACGUGCACACCCGUCCCCAAAAGUUUCUACCCACCCAUCAGAUCAGACCAAGCAUCUUCCAAGACAAAACAACACAAUUUUUUUUUUUUUUAAUUUAUAAAAAAAAACUAAAUAUAUAUAUAUAUGUUAAAAAUAAAAAGGGGAAGGAAAGCGGGAGCAAAAAAGAAAAAUAACUUUCAAAGCAAAGACAACUUUUCAUAGGUUGCUACCAAAAGCCCACAUGGAGGGAACCCCUAGGAAAAAGUCCUACCCCAACCCCACCCCCGGGGUCCUAUUUUUGUUUUAGACUUUAACCUCAUCUACAGUCCUUCACUUAAUCCCCAAAACAAUAAAAAAUAGAAAAAAAUGAAAUUUAAAUUUAAUUGUAAAUUAUAAAUAUAAGUACCCGCAAAGGACUCGAGGAAACUUCGUGGAAACUACCAUGGCUACCUCUUCACUUCCAUUUAACCCCUCCUUCCCCAUUCUUUCCCUCAAUCCUCCCUUCCUUCUUCAUUGUCUAUCUGUUUCCCCCCUUUCUUCUGUUCUUCUCUCUUUCAGCCAUGAAACUCAUCUACAAGAUCAACCCCAAACAGUUGUUUCGGUCCAAGAAGAGCAGGUCGGUUACACGAACCGAUCCAUCUUCUUUUAGUUCCGGCACUUCGUCCUCCACGUCCUCUGACUCCUCCACGAAUUUGAAGACCGGUACCGGGGCUUGCGGUGGCGGUAUGGGGACGCCCACCAGCGUUUUGCCCAUGCAUUCAUACGAGAUAUCGGGUGACUGGUCCGAUUUUUCGUCCGAUAUCCAGACGGAGCUUGUUCAUGCGUUUAAGAUGAUAGACCGAGACGGUGAUGGGAAGAUAACGAAAAGAGAGCUGGAGGCCCUGCUGAGCAGGGUUGGAGUCGAGCCGCCGAGCGAGGAGGAGAUUAUGAUGAUGUUGAGCGAGGUGGAUCGUGACGGUGAUGGGUGCAUAAGCCUGGAGGAGUUCGGCGCCAUCAGUUCGGCUUUCGGCCCGGCUUGCGACACGGAGCUGCGAGACGCUUUUUGCUUCUUUGACACGGAUCGCGAUGGGAAGAUCACGGCGGAGGAGCUUAAUCAGGUCUUCGCUGCCAUUGGCGAUGAUCGGUGCACGUUAGAGGAUUGCCAGCGCAUGAUAGCCGGGGUGGACAAGAACGGGGACGGAUUCGUGUGCUUCGAGGACUUUUCUCGUAUGAUGGAGCAGCAGACAUGAAGCCUUGAUGGAGAUCCAAGAGAUUUAAUCCUUAAUUUUUCUUAGGAUCUUUGUUUUCAUGAACUGUGUUUGGGAUCUGGAAACGAGGAAAGACAAAUCAAAAAAAGAUCGAUGGAUUGGACGGCUAGAUUGAUGGAUCUCUUUAGGUCCGGAAGUUGUGUUUGAAUCUUUUGCCGUAAAUAUAUGAGAAAUCAAGUGAAUUAAUCCUAUGAAAUUUUGUUUUAUUUUC